UAUUUACAAAAAAUAAGGUAAAAAUGUUAAGGUUAAAAUCGCCAACAGAAAUUUAACUAAAAAGAAUUUUGAAAAAAUCAAUGUCAUUCUUUCAAUUUUUUCGUUUAAUAUUAAAUUUUCGCAAAAGAUCAAGUGAAUAUUUGUGAGGGCCAUACACACAAAACGCAUUCAACCAAAGAAAACAAAAAAUAAUAAUAAAAAUAUAAACAACAUUGCAACCAGCCAGCCAAUACGGAAAACAUUUUCUUGCAAACAUAUUAUUAGAGUCAACAAAUAUCGGUGGAAAUGCCGCGUGACAUGCAUUCCCGGAAUAGCGUGUUUCGCAGCAUUCUACAAAGAGAUUAUUUUGAACCACGCCUUACACAACGCAAUUUAAUUGCUAGCACCAAAGAUUCACUAGAUUAUGUACAACGUUUGGGUCUGCUAUGCCGCCUGCCCGUACAUUCUGGCUGUGUCAAUACCAUACAUUGGAAUAGUACGGGGGAAUAUUUAUUGUCGGGAUCGGAUGAUCAAUUUAUUGCCGUGACAAAUCCCAAUAAUCAGGAAGUCCUUUUGAAAUGUAAAACAGCACAUCGGGCGAAUAUAUUUAGUGCACGUUUCAUGCCACAAUCGAACGAUCAGGCGAUUGUAUCAUGCUCGGGAGAUGGCAUCGUUUUGUACACAGAACUAAUGGCCCCCUAUAUGAAACGUAUGAAAUCCCAAUUUAAUGGGUUGGAUAAUGGAGCACCCGUCUAUGAGAGAAGUCCUGAUGCAGAGUCUACUGUUAAUUAUUUCAAUUGCCAUAAGAGUGCCACAACAUACGAGGUGUUGACAGUUCCUAUGGAACCACGUUCGUUUAUGAGUUGUGGCGAAGAUGGCACUGUACGACUGUUUGACUUGAGACAAAUAUCGGGUUGUCAUAAAACUUGUUGCAAGGAUAAUAUAUUGAUUUUAAGUCCAUCGGCUGUUAAUGCUAUCGAUUUGUCUCCUGUUAGUUCGAAUUAUUUAGCUGUGGGCAGUUCGGAUGCUAUAGUGCGCAUAUACGAUCGACGUUAUUUAUCUGUGAUUGAUUUUAAUGAUGGCAACACAGCCAGUGCCGACAAACACACAAGGCCGGUGAAGGCUUAUCCUAUACCACUGCCUAGUAGUCGUCAGUAUCGAAUAACUUGUAUACGUUACAGUCCCGAGGAAACCGAACUGUUGGUCUCAUAUUCAUCGGAAUAUUUAUAUCUAUUCGACCUGAAACAUGAAGGUGUCAAUGUCGAUGAUUUGCCGAAGGGUCGUUAUGUGGCAAAUCGUGGAAAUUCACCACCACCACCCAUGACGGCAGAACAGGUUACGAGGAGGUUGCGUUUAAGGGGAGAUUGGUCAGAUACGGGUCCAGACGCAAGGCCCGAAAGGGAUCCGAAUGGUAGAGUGGAUGUGGGCCAGGUAAGACCUCAAUUGCAGCCCAAUAUAAUGAGUCGCAUGACAGAGGUGAUAUCACGCAUGUUAAAUGAUCCACGAACACGCAUGGGCCUAACAAAUCAAAUGCAGGAAAAUCAAGCAACUGCAGCUGCUUCUGCGGCAACAACAGCACCAACUACUGAAGAUUCACGUCCGUCCACUUCAUCAUCAGCGGCUUGGCGUCGUGCUGCUGCCAAUAGUUUAAUUGUUAAUAGAGAACAGACUUCAUCUAACGAUACUCCUGAUGCAAAUCUUGCCUCAACAAGUGAUGACGUUGAAAUGUUUGAAACUACAAAUGAAGACAACACUCAAAGUCCCAGAUCUGCACAAUUUCAAGUGGAUGCUGCUUCACUAAAUAAGGAAUUGGCGGAUCUUGAAAUGGAGACACGGGAAAUUGUCUACGAUUAUUUACUAAUGAAAUAUACCGGCCAUCGCAAUGCCCGCACCAUGAUCAAAGAGGCCACAUUUUGGGGCAACAACUAUGUUAUGUGUGGAUCAGAUUGUGGUCACAUCUUCACCUGGGACAGACGCACCGGCAAAUUGGUCAUGUUAAUGCAAGCCGAUCAGCAUGUGGUCAAUUGUUUACAACCUCAUCCAGUAUUGCCUUAUUUGGCUAGUUCAGGCAUUGAUUAUGAUGUCAAAAUCUGGGCACCGAUAUUGCAAGAGAAAAGUUUUGACGAAGAUGUAGCGGAAAUUUUAAUGGAACGCAAUGCCAUUAUGUUGGAACAAACCAAAGACACUAUUACCGUGCCGGCUGCUUUCAUGAUACGUAUGUUGGCUUGUAUUCAUUCAUUACGCAACAGAGAACGUAAUAACACAAAUUCAACUCAACAAAACUCAAAUGAAAAUAAUUCACAACCAAAUAAUACACAAAAUGAUACGACUGGUGAUAAUAAUAUUAAUAAUCAUAAUGAUAAUAACAAUAAUAGUAACAAUAAUAAUGAUACUAGUAGUUAAUUUGAAUCUAAUAACUAUAAAGCAGCAAUUGUUUAUUUCAAUAUUUCUAAAAUUAAAUGCUAUUUGUAAUAUUGCUUCUUUUAAAGAAUUUAUUUUUGAAGUUAUUUAUUUCAUUAAAACCUAAAAAUAAUUGAACGUGUACACAAAAAGCGUACAAACACUCAAAAUGUUAAAUCAUAA